AUGAAGCUGCCAUAUCUACUUACAACACUUUGCACUGCAGUGGGGGUAGCGUCCUCUCCGAUCAAGAUCACCCAUGCCAAUGACACGGUUAAUAGACCGCUCGUUCAUCUAACUCCGCACGAGGGCUGGAUGAAUGAUCCAAACGGGCUAUGGUACGACGCAAAGGAGGAACUAUGGCAUGUUUACUAUCAGUACAAUCCAAACGACACUGUUUGGGGGUUACCUUUAUACUGGGGCCAUUCCACGUCCAAAAAUUUGACCCUUUGGGACGACGUUGGAGUGGCUAUUGAACCCAUGGCCAACAAUUCAGGUGCUUAUUCAGGUUGUAUGGUUAUUGACUAUAGCAACACAACAGGAUUUUUUGGUGAAGAUGUCUCUCCUGAACAGAGAGUAGUGGCCAUCUGGACGUAUAACACGCCAGAAUCUGAAACGCAGUAUCUAAGCUACUCCUUAGAUGGUGGGUACAGCUUCCGUUCUUAUUCGGGGAACCCUGUGCUGGAGAACAACUCGACUCAGUUUAGAGAUCCUAAGGUGAUGUGGCAUGAAGAGACUCAAAAGUGGAUUAUGGUGGUUGCCAAAGCACAGCAGUUCAAAAUAGGCAUCUACACCUCUGAUGAUUUAAAGGAGUGGACACCAGUUUCUGAUUUCACUAGAGGCGGUUACUUAGGCUACCAGUAUGAAUGUCCAGGGCUGGUUAAACUACCUGUUGAAGGUAACACUUCAGCUGGCAACGGGUCGUGGGUUCUCUUUGUUUCCAUCAACCCUGGAUCACCUCAGGGCGGUUCUUCAACCCAGUAUUUCAUUGGUGACUUCAACGGUACUCAUUUUAUCCCAACUUAUGAAAAUACCAAUAGCAUUGAUUCAGGGAAGGAUUACUAUGCUUUGCAAACCUUUUUCAAUUCACCAGACAAUCAAACGUACGGUAUUGCUUGGGCUUCGAACUGGCAGUACUCGGCAUUUGUCCCAACUGACCCAUGGAGAUCUUCGAUGUCACUGGUCAGGAAGUUUGUUUUAGAAGAGUUCCAAGCCAACCCUGAGACGAAACUUUUAAAUAUCAAGUCCACACCGAUCCUAGAUUAUGAUGCGUUGGGUUGUGCACAUCCCUCAAACGGCAAGAAUCUUUUUAUAACCGUUGGCAACCCUCUCCAAUUCAGCUUAGUCCAAGGUCUAUUUGAUUUCAACAUAUCCUUUUCUGUUAAUGGUAGUGCUUUUGGUGGUCAUGAAUUUGCCGAUCUUUCUUUGUAUUUAAGGGGUGGGGAGAACAAGGAUGAAUAUUUGAGAAUUGGUUUCGGUGCUAACGCUGCCACUUUUUUUAUCGACCGUGGUCACACUGCCGUUAAUUGGGUUCAUGAAAAUCCCUUCUUUACUGACAAAAUGUCCGUGAACAACCAACCGUUAACCAUUUCCAACAAUUCUACCAUUUCAACCUAUAGUGUUCGUGGGAUUGUCGAUCGUAAUAUAUUGGAACUUUACUUCAACAAUGGCUCUCAAGUAUCAACUAAUACAUUCUUCUUUACAGGUGGUAACUUUAUUGGCAGCAUUGAUAUGGCGGUUGGAAAAGAUAACGUUUUCAAUGUUACUGAAUUCAGUUUGAAACAGUUGUCAACUGGUAGUCAUUGA